UUUGACGCGCGCCUCGAGGAUACUCGUACGGGCAACUUCGCGACUGCACUACCGUCCUCGCCCGAAGGGCCGAUCUCGAUCAGUGCGGCCCGAUCGCGCGUCGCUGUCGGGUGUUGUUCCGCUCGCACGGAGACGCACACCAAGUGCACGAGUCCGCCAGUCGGUGAAGCAGACACACUCGUCGGCCGGGAGGAGAACCAGGAAGGUUCGUUGGCAAUCCCAGCUAUGGCUCGGACGAUCAUCCUGAUCCUGGUGGGCUUAUCGUCCGGCGUUCUCUCGUACCGAGUGCCAUCGGCCAGUGAGAUUCCGCCCACCUUGUCGCAUCCGGAUCACCGGCCACGACAAAAUGACGACGGCACUCCCCGGUUCCACCGAGGCGCCGUCGAGAGCCCGCCGGUCGACCGACCGCCGGCUCAUUAUUCAGAUUACGACGAGUUCGGCUCGCGCAGGUAUCCCCUGCGCGACGCGGUCGAGGCGCUGCCGAUCGACGAGCCUGAUCAGCCCCGGGACGAUCAGAGCUGGGACAAGAGGCUGCCUCUGAGAGACGCGGUGGAGCGUCGCGAGGCGCCUUUCCUCGGCGGCGUCGAUUACGACUCCAUUUGGAUCGAGCCGUUGGCACCGCCGACUCUGCGGAGGACCCAUCAGCAGACCUCCGAGCCCAAAGUCGUCUGCCACUUGGACUCCAGAGCCGCGCACCGCACCGACCCGUUCUCCUUGUUCCCGCAGCAAGUGCCCGAUUUCAAGUGCACUCAUCUGGUGUACGCCGCCGCUACGAUCGAUCCGCAGAGACUGGUCGUUGCACCCAGAGACCCGGAAUACGAUCGAGUCAAAGGUGGUUACAACGCCGCCACGGGACUUCGCUCGAGGGAUCCAGCGCUGCGCGUGCUGAUAUCCAUCGCGCCUCCCAAUCGGGGGCGACUGUUCGCCGAGGUCGUGCAACGAAACUGCAAUCUCCAUUGCGACGAUCUGGCGGUGUCUAUUCUCAAGUUCCUCGAGGAGUACCGCUUCGACGGUAUCGAGAUCGAUUGGCCGAGCUCCGCCGAGUACUGGAGGAGCUUCAAGCUCCUGCUGAGGAAGAUCGCCAAGCCGUUGGCCGAGGAGGGUUACACCUUGGCGGUGGCGGUGAGACCGACGGACCCCGUGGACCCGGAGAUCGCGUCCAUCGCCGACCUGAUACUCCUGAGGAGCUGGCAGGACAUCACCGACCAGGGCAGGGAGAAGUUCGCCCUUCACCCGGCCCCGUUGAACUUCGUCGCGCGCAACACGAACAAAUGGAUCGAACAAGUCGGUUCCAGGCGAAUCACCAAGAUCGUUCUCGGCCUGCCGAUCUUCGGCCAGGGCUUUACCUUGAAGUACGGCAACUCCACCGACGCCGGAGCGCCCGCGGUGGGACCCGGCAGAACGGGAACGCACACCAAGCACAAAGACGGCCGACUGGCCUACUACGAGGUGUGCGAGAAAUUGGAGGACACCUUGUGGAUAUCCGGCAGAGACGAGGAGGGGCCGUACGUGAAGCGUGGCGACCAAUGGAUCGGCUACGAGGAUCCCAUCUCGGUGAAGAUUAAAACAGCGUAUGUCCGCGCGACCGGACUCGGCGGUGUGUCCUUGUGGUCGCUGGAUUUGGAGGACUUCCAGGGUAUCUGUGGGAACCCUUGGCCGAUGCUGAACGCCGCCGUGCAAGCUUUGGGACGCUACGAUAACGGUCCUGCGAAGAAGUGUACGAAGAACGGCCUCUUCCGAGACCCGCAGAACUGUUCCGGGUUCUACUCUUGCGUGAAAGGAUCGCAGCAUCACGGCAAUUGCGGCCACGGCAGGUUCUUCGACGUGAGCGAAGGACGUUGCGUAGCGGCCGCUGCGGACGUCUGCAAGCCGUCCACCCUCGCCCUUUCGUCGAACGAAAUUUUGCCGGCACCAUUGGUAGCGGAAAUGGAGGACAAGUUGGAGCUGCUGGAACAGGACGGCCCGCGGGUGGUGUGUUACGUCACAUCUUGGGCACUCUACCGCAAAGACGAGGGUAAAUUCGUGCCGGAGCACUUGGACUCGCAACUGUGCACCGACAUCGUCUACGCCUUCGCCGGCCUGAAUCCUGAGACCCUGCUGAUCCAAUCAUUCGAUCCUUGGGCCGACAACGACCACAAUCUGUACCAGCGGGUGACCUCGAUCAAGGGCUCGAGGGUCCUGUUGGCCUUGGGCGGCUGGACCGACAGUUCCGGCGACAAGUACUCGCGACUGGUCAGCAGCGGCGCCGCUCGGCGCAAGUUCGUCGCCGGCGCGGUGAAUUACUUGAAUAAGCACAACUUCGACGGCCUGUCGCUCGAGUGGAGCUACCCGAAGUGCUGGCAGAGCGACUGCAAGAAGGGCCCGGAUUCCGACAAGCCGAACUUCACCAAGCUGGUGCAGGAGCUGCGGCAGGAGUUCGAAAAGCAGAAACCACCGCUCCUCUUGGCGGUCGCGUUGUCGGGCUACAAGGAGGUAAUCGACAAGGCGUACGAGGUGCGCGAGAUCUCUCAGGCUGUCGACUUCAUGUCGGUGAUGACUUAUGACUAUCACGGGGCCUGGGAGUCGAAGGCGGGACACAUAGCGCCGUUGUUCGGCGCUCCCGGUGACAAAAAUCCUUAUUACAACGUGAACUUCACCAUGAACUACCUCGUCGGGCUCGGCGCCGAGAAGACGAAGCUUCUGCUGGGUAUCCCGAUGUACGGCCAGUCCUACCGACUCGCGACGGCGAGCCAAGCUGAACUGGGCGACCCUACGACCGGCCCCGGUAGACCAGGCGAGUUCACCAAGCAGCCCGGAAUGUUGGCUUAUUACGAAAUCUGCGACAAGAUCAGGCGACACGACUGGGAAGUGGGAGUCGGACCGAGCGCUCACUCCGACGACCAAUGGGUGGGCUACGAAGAUCGAGAGAGCGUCUACGCGAAGGGCAAGUACGUCACGGGAAACAGCUACGGCGGCGUCACGAUGUGGACCGUCGACCUGGACGACUUCCAGAACCGCUGCUGCCUGGAGUCGUAUCCGUUGCUGAAAACCGUCAAUCGCGCGCUGGGUCGUCUGUCAUCGCCGCCACCCGUUUCGGGGAACUGCCACCGUCCGCCGCAGCCGGUGACACCCGAACCGCCGACUUUGACUACCCACAGCGACGCUGCGGACGGUAGUCCGCGACCCACCACGUCGAUGACGACAUCCAGCACCAAGGUGACCACGUGGCCCACGUGGACGGAACGACCGAGCAGCACGACCCCGCAAACCACCACGUGGCCCACGUGGACCUGGAGCACUGCGAGGCCCAGUAAGAUGCCGCAGGAGACGACGACGGUGUCCAGCACGACUGUAUCGUCGCCUCAGCGACCGAGCGCACCUGCCAGCACCACGUUCUCCUGGAGCACGUCGAGAGCGACUACGCGUCCUACGGUGUCCACGACGCGGGAGCCGGCCGAGUCGCCAGGUGCGAGCUGCAUCAGCGGGGAGUAUUACAGCGACCCUGAGAACUGCGGCAACUACUACCGCUGCGUCCUCGGCGAGCUGAGACGCGAACAAUGCGCGCCUGGGUUGCACUGGGACGCGAAGCGACGUCUGUGCGAUUGGCCAUCGGCGGCGAAAUGUCAAGUGCAGACCGGCACCUCGACCUCGACGACCACGAGCAGUCCUUCGUGGAGCUCGACGAAGAGGCCGACGACUCUAACAACUCCCAAAACUACCACGACGAUAAGAACGACGUCGACGACGACGACUACUACUACUACUACUACUACUACUCAGCGACCCACGAGAUUCACCACGACGAGACCCGUGGUCGUCGUCACGACGGAGAAACCGCACAAAGCAUGCCAGCACGGGCAAUACUACCCUUCCCCGGAGUCGUGCACGCACUUUCUGGUCUGCGUGAACGGCGAUCUCGUCUCGCAGCAGUGCGGCCCGGGUCUGAACUGGAACAACGAGAAGAACAUGUGCGACUGGGCCUUCAAGAAGCCCUGCGUCGAGAAACCCCACAAGAACGCGCUGCUGUUGGAGAAGGACGGCGCGUCGGAGACCUGCGUCUCCGGCAGCUACAGCAGCGUGCCGGGCGACUGCAAGAGUUACCGGGCGUGCCUGUGGGGCCGGCAAGAGGUGUUCAGCUGCCCGCCGGGUCUGCACUUCAACAAGGAGACUCGCAUCUGCGACUGGCCGCUCCUCGCCAAGUGCGCGGAGGCGAACGACGGCGCGGAAGCGACGACGCAACGACCGCUGCCGAGCAGCACGGAGGAGCCCGGCCGGCCGCAGAAACCGGUCACACAGGUGAUUGUCACGACGGAGGAGGCGUCGGUCACGUCCGUCGCGACUCCUCAGCCCACCACGACGACGACCACGACGACUCAAGCGACGUCGACCUUGCCCCCGGCGAUCAUAGACCCGGACAAGGUGUCCCCGUUGUCCGGCCACUACAAGGUAGUGUGCUACUUCACCAACUGGGCCUGGUACCGUCGCGGAAUCGGCCGUUACCUGCCCGAGCACAUCGACCACACCCUGUGCACGCACAUCGUGUACGGCUUCGCGGUGUUGGACUACUCGGAGCUGGUGAUCAAGGCGCACGACUCAUGGGCGGACUUCGACAAUCGCUUCUACGAGCGAGUGGUCGCGUACAAGAAGCGCGGCCUCAAGGUGCUCCUGGCGUUGGGCGGCUGGAACGACUCGGCCGGCGACAAGUACAGCCGGCUGGCGAACAGCCCGGCUGCCCGGAGGAAGUUCAUCGAUCACGCGAUCCGGUUCCUCGAGAAGUACAACUUCGACGGGCUGGACUUAGACUGGGAGUACCCGGUCUGCUGGCAGGUGAACUGCAACAAGGGCCCGGACUCGGACCGGCAGGGUUUCGCGGCGCUGCUGCGGGAACUGAGCGCCGAGCUGAGGCCGAGGCAGCUGCUGUUGACUGCCGCGGUGUCGCCCAACAAGAUGGUCAUCGACAAAGGCUACGACGUGCCCGUGUUGGCCGAGUACCUCGACUGGAUCGCGGUGAUGGCGUACGAUUAUCACGGGCAAUGGGACAAGAAGACCGGCCACGUCGCGCCCUUGUAUUACCACCCGGACGACGAGUUCUACUUUUUCAACGCCAACUACACGAUCAACUACUGGAUCUCGAAGGGCGCGCCGCCCAGGAACAUCGUCAUGGGGAUGCCGUUGUACGGGCAGUCCUUCACGAUCAACGACCCCCGGGCCAGCACCGGUCUCAAUUCGCCAGCGAGCGCCGGAAACGCCGGCGAGUUCACCCGAGCUGCGGGCUUCCUGUCGUAUUACGAGAUCUGCGAUCGCGUGCGCAAUCGUGGCUGGACGGUCGUGCAGGACCCGGAGGGAAGAAUGGGCCCGUACGCUCACAAGGGCAGUCAGUGGGUCAGCUUCGACGACCCCGACAUGAUCCGGAAGAAGGCGCAAUUCGUGCGCGACUUGGGACUGGGCGGCGGGAUGAUCUGGGCGUUGGACCUGGACGACUUCCGGGGCCGAUGCGGCGACGGACCUCACCCGCUCAUGCAUGUGCUCCAAGAGGUGUUAGCGAGUCCACAUAAUGAACAGGACAAGCCCGUGAAGCCGCCGUCGGUCGGACAGGACUUGGACUGGAAGCCGCCGACGACACCAACAACCGCGCAGACGACGGCUGUGAGCUCACCGACCGAUCGCGUGCACGACGAUGACAAGGACGGGUUCAAAGUCGUUUGUUACUUCACUAACUGGGCCUGGUAUCGGCAAGAAGGCGGUAGAUUCCUGCCGGAGGACAUCGAUCCCGACCUGUGCACCCACAUUCUCUACGGAUUCGCCGUGCUGGACGGCUCGAGUCUGACGAUGAAGUCGCACGAUCCAUGGGCCGACAUAGACAACAAGUUCUACGAGAAGGUCGCGGCCUUCAAGUCGAAGGGUCUGAAGGUGCUGAUGGCGCUCGGCGGCUGGAACGACUCGGAAGGCGACAAGUACAGCCGACUGGUGAACUCGCCGUCGGCCAGGCAGAAGUUCGUCCCGCAGGUGUUGCGCUUCAUCGAGAAGUACGGCUUCGAGGGCCUCGAUCUCGAUUGGGAAUACCCGGUGUGCUGGCAGGUCGACUGCAAGAAGGGCCCCGAGUCGGACAAGGAGGCCUUCAGCCAGCUGGUGAAGGAACUGAGCGACGAGUUCAAGCCGAGAGGUCUGCUGCUCUCCGCGGCGGUCUCGCCGAGCAAGAAGGUCAUCGACGCGGGAUACGACGUGCCGGCUCUCUCCAAGUACCUCGACUGGAUAUCCGUGAUGACGUACGACUUCCACGGCCAGUGGGACAAGAAGACCGGCCACGUGGCGCCGUUGUACACUCUCCCCAACGAUUGGGAACCCACGUUCAACGCCAACUUCUCGGUGAAUUACUGGAUCGAGAAAGGAGCGGACCCGAGGAAGCUGGUGAUGGGCGCCCCGUUGUACGGACAGUCGUUCUCGUUGGCGGAGAGGAACGAGCACGGCUUGAACGCGCCGACGUACGGCGGUGGCGAAGCUGGGGAGGCGACCAGAGCCAGAGGGUUCCUCUCGUAUUACGAGAUAUGCGAGAGAACGCUGAGGAAGGGAUGGACGGUGGUUCAAGAUAAAGAGAGGAGGAUCGGCCCGUACGCGUACAAGGGUGACCAGUGGGUGAGCUUCGACGACGCUCAGCAGAUCAAGCUGAAGGCGGAGCUGAUCAAGAAACUCGGCCUCGGCGGUGGCAUGGUUUGGGCCUUGGAUCUGGACGACUUCAAGAACAGAUGCGGCUGCGAGCCCAGCCCGCUGUUGAGGACGAUGAAUCGCGUGUUGAGGAACUACCCGAAGGGCCCGCUAUGUCCCGUCACGGGUGACGCAGGAUCGAUCAUGAUCGACGUCGGCGGGAGCGACGUCGAGUCCACGACCGUCACGGAACGUCCCGUCCACGAGUCCACCACGUCGUCGAAACCGUCGUAUCUGCCGCCGUCGUCGACAACGACGACGGAAUCGUAUCAGGAGGAGGACGUCGACGACACCGUCGAGAUCGAAGCCGGCUCGGCGCCUCCGGCCGCCGCUCCGAUUGGCGACUGCGGCGGUCGUUUGUUCAUAUCGCACAAGAGCGAUUGCAACAAAUACUACCUCUGUAACUUCGGCAAGCUCACAGAACACUCCUGUCCACCCAAGCUAUACUGGAACGAGAACCGAUGCGACUGGCCGGAGAACACCAAGUGCAAGAGCGUUCAGCGUCAAAUCGGCGGAGCCGUCGCGAUGAGAAUCAGCGAGGACGUCAACAGGAAGAAGGUGGUUUGUUACUAUACGAAUUGGGCUUCGAGGCGAGCGAGCGUCGGCAAAUUCCUGCCGAAGGACAUCAACGGCGAGCUCUGCACGCACGUCGUAUACGCUUUCGCUACGUUGAACACGCAGAGACUGUCCGUGGACAUCGAAGAUUCGGUCGACACUUACAACGACUUCCUCACCCAAGUGGCAGAGCUCAGGAAAGGGAGUAAUGUCAAAGUGUUGCUCGGUUUAGGCGGCUGGAACGACUCGAAGGACGACAAGUACAGUAGACUGAUCGGCGACAAGUCGGCCAGAAGGAAAUUCGCCUAUCGCGCCGCGCAACUCGUCGAAAAGCACGGAUUCGACGGUCUGGACCUCGAUUGGGAGUUCCCGGUCUGCUGGCAGGCGGACUGCAGCCGCGGCCCGCGCAGCGACAAGGAGGGCUUCGCGAUGCUGGUGGCAGAUCUCAGCAUGGCGUUCCGGUCCAGAGGGCUGCUGCUGUCCGCUGCGGUCUCGGCCAACAGGGUCAUCGUCGACUUCGCCUACGACGUGCCGUCCUUGAUCGAGCACCUCGACUGGAUCAGUGUGAUGACGUACGACUAUCACACCUCCUGGGAGGGCGAGACCGGCCAUAUCGCGCCGCUCUCAGCUUAUCCCGGCGACGGUGUUCCACACCUGAACGCGAACUACUCUGUGAGAUAUUGGCUCGACAAGGGUGCGCCGCCCGAGAAGCUCGUCAUGGGUAUACCCACUUACGGGCAGAGCUUCACCUUGUCUGAGGCGCCACGGAACCCUCGAGACGUACCAAACUUCCAUGCCAGGGUCUCUGGGCCUGGGGAACCCGGCAAGUUCACGAGGUCGGCCGGUUUCUUGGCCUACUAUGAGAUAUGCGAUUACGUGAGGAACGACGGGUGGCCGGUGGUGAAGGAUCCGGAGGGUCGCGUGGGACCGUACACGUCGAAACACAACCAGUGGGUCAGCUAUGACGAUGUGUCCGAUGUGGCGAGGAAGGCCGAGCUCAUAAAGGAGCUGAACCUCGCCGGUGGAAUGUUGUGGUCGAUGGACCUGGACGACUUCAACAAUCUCUGCGGCUGCGGCAAGUUCCCGCUGUUGACAGCGCUGAAUCGCGGACUCCGAGGAGGGCGCGAUCGCGGGUCGACCGACUGCACUUGAACUGCGCCUCGGAACGCGCGAGAGGGUGACGCGUGCGAUCCUCGAAGAGCGCGCCUAUUAUCGUCGCCCGCGAACAACCGCCGUCCUACGACGAUCCUUUCCUCUGGCAAUGUCUCUCUCGCCGAUUCUCUCUCGUCUCUUAUCCGUGUAUUCCGCGUUCCUCGCUGGUAGAAUUUCGGCCAACGAGGCUGCCGAGCAACAUGCUCUUUAACUUAACGUUUUCCCAAAGCGAACUCUGUAAGCCGGCCUUCUGCCUUCAGCCCGACGAACGCGAUCUGAGGUCAGCUAUGUCGCAACUGUGCUCAAGCAUCCCCUUGAAUCCCUCCGCCUGAAUGAAGAGCAUAACGCCGAGUCACACUCUAGUUGCUCAAUACGAAAAGUAUCGUCAAUCCGCCACAUACGCUUUCUAAAGUAAACGUCGACGACGGAGUUGUUGCCCCCCCCCCCCCCCCCCUCACGCAGUAUCGUUCGAGUGCUUCCGCGCGACAAUAAACCUCGAUCCUCAAGUACAUUCUACAGUAAUAAGUCCCGGCGGGGAGGGGUGAGUCAGCCGGCUGGAUUGGCGCGAAAACUCUUUCGGACGACGUAAGAUUACGUAAGUUUCUCGUGCGACGUCUCGACACACCGCGUGUAAAAAAUCUUUCCGCGAGUAGAUAAGAUAUAUUUUAUGUUAAUAUGUUAUAACCGCUCAAUGAUCACGUAUUCGCGACACUCUUCCGGAUGACGCGAAGGGGAGGAGCGGGCGGGACGAUGCAGAAAAGGAGAAGAAAACGUCUUCCUGACGACCUCCUUCUCUCCUACCCGUCCCGUCGCUAUCGCGUCACCCGCGAAGAUUAAGAUGCGUUUCAGCGCGAGUGUAAUUAUGCAUGCGUAAUUAUAUGAUUGCGCCACGUUCUCCCGAUCUGUGUCAAGUGCGUACGAUCGGUCGGCGCUUCCUGAAUUGUAACGAUAAGAUGAUUAAAGGGAAACGAUAACGUUACAUACACGUUGCAUACACGUCUCGCUUUAUAUAAACACACCGACGGCGAUAAAUAUGUAUGAUACGCGCACGAUCAUACCCCCCAGCGAAUUCAGUUGGCAGCCGUUGCGGAAACCGUCAUCGAACGCUUCGGGCGUGCGGCUGAGCACCGAGCAAAUUCGUGCGAGCAAGUAUACGCGGUGUUCGUAAAUAACGUUCGUCACCGUCGGGGAAAACGCCGUCGAGAAAUCGGUUGUGGAGGGAAGAAAAGCCGGGCCGAGCGGCUGUGUAAACCAAUCGGGCUCAAAGCGUGUAAAGAAAGGAAGGAAGGCGGCGGUUUGGCGGGAAGAGAGGAGAAUUGAGCGAAUUCGCUGUAUCCGUUCGACUCGGCUGAAAAUCGGAGUGACCUGCGGGCGGUUGCUUAUCGCGAAAUAUUCGCCAUCGUUUACAGUUAUGUUUCCGCGUACAAUCGAGUCUUUAUCCGCGUUGACGUGUUCCACGAGAGCUCGGCUGCCUGCGAUACGCGGGUCAUCGCAUUAAUAAUCCCACCGAUGAAAGCCGCUAUUAAAGCCAAAGUCGCGGGAUCAGGACGCUUUUCGUGCGAGGGGACUUCACCCGACGUGUCCUCCUCUAAAAUAUUAAAAGAACUGAGCGACCUCCACCGUACAAACACCAUUCCCUCCAGUUCCGUCGAGUCGAGCUUAAUCACUCGAUUUAAUUUCAAUCGGUUUCAAUUACAUGCGAUGAAUCAGUCGAUUUUCAAAUAUUAGUUGAACGUUUCUAAUGUUCUACGACGGAGAAGUCCCGGAGCGUGGCGUAAGUCUACUGAUAAUAAUUCAAUUUUAAUUAGGAUUCAUUCGAAUCGCUAGUCGAUUUUCAAAACUAAUUGAUUUCUCGGCGUCCUUCGACGGAGCGGAAGAGUUAUCAUUCGCUGUGACUCUGCGCAUAUUAUUUAUUCGCAAUUAACCGACGAACAGAACUCGAGGCGCAACUAACUUCCACGACUUUGGCUUUAAUCCGUGGGAUUAUUAAUGCGAUGACCCGCGUAUCGUAAGCGUGCAGUGCGUGAAAGGCGGCUUUGACGUAGCCGAUAUCCCGCGGGAUAUCGAGCGCGCGUGUACGUUACUUUUUCGGAGAUCGUCGUAAUUUUUAUAAUCACAGGUUGUCCGCACACUAUCAGCACGCGCAACCCGUUCGCCCCAACCUUGAGCUUUUCAUUACCGCGACAACCUUGAACCCGGUCUCACUCGAAUCGCACGCGCCCGGCUGCUUAUCGCUAAUUCACCGAAUGCCGUCCCGGCGCCGAGUGUCCCCUUCACUUCCAACGUUUCCGUCACAAUUCGGGCUCUUUUCUCAGCCAAGAGGGAAAGGAGGGAAGAGAGAAAGAACCAAAGUUAAAUCGGAAAAUCGAGAGGAACGCGCGACGCUGAAAAAUCUCCUUUAAUUCGAGGCUUCCAGAUAUACCCUCGCAUGCAUGCAGCGAACGCCAUUUUAUGGAAAAAAAUUGUUUCCACUGUGCGGGAGUAAGCGUUUAAAAAUACAUCAGGGGCCGCUCAUGUGACAGCCCCGGGUGUAAUCGAGAACAAUCAAGAAACGUCGGACUUUAACUCGUGAGUGCUUGGACACAUCUGCUGUGGUUCAAACCACCCAUUGAAAGUUUAACGGCUAUUUAGGCUAAAUCUCGGGAAAUGCGAAGAGGUCCACGGAAGAGGUCCAUCGACGGAUCAUCGCGCGAUAUAUCUAAGCCGAGCGUGUCGACGCGAUUGGCUGACACGCCGCUAUCAUCGACCAAUGACAGUCCGCUCUGACAUCGGCGGAGUACCUUCGUCGAAAGGCGCGGAAAGAGUCGCGCGGCGUCAGUCGGGCCGCGCUGUCUGUCUGGGCUGGUUGGUGUGUGCGUCUUCAAGUUCCGCUUCGUGACCGCAUUGUGACAGCAACAGCAGCUCGCCGUAUCAACCACAACGACGA